GGGCAAAAAAAGUGCGGCUCUGCGGAGAAAACGAUUGGCAGGCGGUCGAUUGCGAUGUAUCGAAUUAAAUUUAAUUGCUGCGGCGACUAUCGGAGUAAACAAACGCUUCCUGUCUUUUCCCACCAACUCUCUCAUCAGGAACGUCGACAGAAUCAACUCACGGAUUUAUCCAUUACCGUCAAAUUAAUUCAACAUGCCACCCACGAAGGACAAGUCUAAGGUUCACAAAUUGUCCCUGAAAGGGUCGUCCAAGCUUGUCGCAGAAUUCUUUGAAUACUCUAUCAAUUCCAUCCUUUUCCAGCGAGGCGUCUAUCCCCCUGAAGAUUUCACGACUGUCAAGAAAUAUGGCCUCAACAUGCUUAUUACUUCCGAUGACCAGGUCAAGGCCUAUAUCAAGAAGAUCAUGUCGCAGUUGAACAAGUGGAUGAUGGGAGGCAAGAUCUCCAAACUUGUUGUAGUCAUCACAGACAAGGAAACUGGAGAACACGUGGAGAGAUGGCAAUUCGACGUCCAAAUAUUCGGGAAACAAAGCAAGAGUACGAAGUCGCAGGCUUCCGGUGACAAGGAAAACACCGGUCCAGACAACGCCGACCCUCAAACCCCGGUUGAGAAAACAGAGAAAGAAAUCCAAGAAGAAAUCCAGGCGAUCUUCCGUCAAAUUACUGCUUCGGUUACCUUCCUUCCUGUUCUCGACGGAGACUGCACAUUUAACGUCCUCGUGUAUGCCGACGCCGAUUCCGAGGUGCCGGUCGAAUGGGGUGACAGCGACGCCAAGGAGAUCAAGAACGCAGAGAAGGUCCAGCUCAGGAGUUUCAGCACGAACAACCACCGUGUAGAGACACUGGUUAGUUAUCGUCUUGCUGACUAGGCGAACCUACCAUUAGUUGCGGUGUUUUUGGAAGGCGUUCAGGACAGAGGACGACAGGCUCAAUUCUGCAUAUUUCGGUGCUCGUGUUUCGUGUUUUAGGAUCGGCCGCAUAUCAGUAACGAUUAAUGAAUAUGCAUCACUAGCAUGGUUUCAAAACUUCUAUAGAAUUCAGCUUAUCUCAACUACCGAGUA